AUGGCGUUUGAUCUCGUUCGAAAACGCCUGACAAAAGAGCUUAAACUACUAACAGAAAAUCCAACGCCGGGGAUUCGAGUAGUAGACGAUUUUUCUGAUAUGCGAAAGAUUCGAAUUGACAUGGAAGGCGCAUCGGGAACACUAUAUGAUGGUGAACAAUAUCAAUUAUUAUUUAAAUUUUCUGAUCAAUACCCAUUUGAUUCACCUCAGGUGACUUUUAUUGGUUCUAACAUUCCUCUUCACCCGCAUAUUUAUUCAAAUGGUCAUAUAUGUUUGUCGAUUUUAACCGAUGAUUGGUCACCGGCGUUGAGUAUAAAUGCUGUUUGUCUUAGUAUAUUAUCUAUGCUUUCAAGUUGCAAAGACAAGAGUCGUCCACCUGACAACGAUUGGUACGUUCGUACAGCAUCAAGUGAUCCGAAAAAGACGCGUUGGUGGUAUCAUGAUGAUGCCGUUUAG